CCUCAAGGAAGUACAACUCAACAUUAUCUUAAGACAGGGUGGUAGCAGUGACAGACGCACAGCAGGAGGGCUGUUCUCUUUUUGUGGGUUUUGUUUCUGUACAUGAUGAAAAUGAAGGGAUCUCAUUAAACCGGCCGGCCUGAGCUGUCAACCCUGAGCCAGAGCAGAGGGAGAGACACAUCUGACACAGACCAGGAGGGAGGGGGACUCAGCACACACAGGCAACCAUGGACGCCUUCAGCGCAAAGGACAUGGCCACGAGGGCGCAGAAGAAGAUCCUCAGCUCCAUGGCCAGCAAAGGCUCCGUCCAGAUGUUCAUAGACGACACCACCAGCGAGAUCCUGGACGAACUGUACCGCGUCUCCAAAGAGUUCACGGGUAAUAAGAGCGAGUCCCAGAAGGUGAUCAAAGACCUGAUCAAGAUUGCUGUGAAGAUCGGCGUGCUGUUCAAGAACAACCGUUUCAGCACAGAGGAGCUGGGAGUGGCCACGGAUUUCAAGAAGAAGCUGCACAUGGGGGCCAUGACAGCCAUCAGCUUCUAUGAGGUGGACUUCACCUUUGACAAAGCUGUGAUGUCAGACCUCCUGACCAACUGCAGAGAUCUCCUGCUGAAGCUCGUCAACACCCACCUCACCCCCAAAUCCCACGGACGCAUCAACCACGUCUUCAACCAUUACUCCGACCCCGAGCUCCUGACCAAACUGUACGAACCCAGCAGCUCCUUCAGACCCCACCUCACCAAGAUCUGCAAAGGACUCAACAAACUGGUGGAGGACGAGACAAUAUGAUGCAGACUGUGACAUGUCAGUCAGACACUGGGAGACCUACAGGCAGACUCACUUAAGACUCAGAACUGUUGGACAGUUUCUUCUUACUACUGCUGAGGACUGGCAGAGUAAGAACGAACAAGUGGGAUGGAAAUAAAGCUGGUUGAGUCAUUCCUCAAGUUUUGUAAGUCUAAAGGUGAAACAUACUGUAUAAUUGUGAUACACAUUUCACAGAAACUGAACUUGAAUAUAUACAGAUUUAUACUAUAUCAGCUGUUUUUAAUAGAGAAUGAAAUGUCACCCAUUGUUUGAUAUUUAGGACCCUGAAAUGUGUCAUUGACAACUACUGAUGUUGGGAGGAGUUGAAGGCCGACUGCAUGAAAUAAAGCCACUGUAAUGCAGCACUGCCAUCUUGUGGUGAGGGUGAUGUUUGAGCAGCUCAAUGUGUUGUAUUUACUGAGAGAUCUGGAAAACAAUGCAGCCAAAAUAAAGAAAACAACCGUGAACGAUGACACUUUGUAGUUUUUAGCCCCAAAACAUGUUUUAAUCUGAAAGUGUUUUUUUAAAUCUGACCUCAGGUAAUGUUCUUUGGUUUUGUAUAACAGGGACCUUAAAGUCAAAAGACAAUAAAAUCAAGCUCAGACAAACA